CCUGGAAACGAAAGUGAUUCGGUUUAGGAGUCCGGGGAGCGAGGGAGCGUGCGCAGCGCCCGGGGCUCCCUGCUGCGGGAAGGGAGAUUGCCAAGUGCUGCGCGGGUCAGGCAGCGAGCAGAAUCCGGAGUGAGACCGGACCAGCCUCGACUCCGAGCCCGCUGGGAGCCCCGGCGCGUUCCACACCGGGGAGCCAGCCAGCCCCUUUGGCGUCAGGCCCCUGCCGCGCCCGGGGGAGAACAAGUGCAGAGAAAGACAGCCUGAACCUUACGGCAGCACCAUGUCAUACCCCUGCGAUCCCCCUCCCUACAGUGACAAGAACCACCUCAUCCCGCUGCAGCCUGAGGACUACUCGCAGCUGGGACCCUCCGCUGUGGGGUACCUGCAGCCUCGGGGGUACCCACAGCCGGGGGGUGAUCCUGGGGCCUCUGUGCAGCCUGCAGCCUGCACUGGGGGCUACCUGGUGCCCGGAGGAUAUGCACCCUCAGUGGGCUAUCCCCAGCCAAUGGGCUCAGAGCGCCCCAGGCCAGUGCUUCCCAUGCACUCAGGGAACACUGGGCUCCCCACCGGGAACAGCUACAUCGUCACCAGCUUGGGGGACGACGUCGUCAGGACUAUUGACUGGGACGACAAGCGAGUGCGACACGCCUUCAUCCGCAAGGUCUACACCAUCAUCUCAGUCCAGCUGUUGGUGACCGUGGGCAUCAUCGCCGUGUUCACCUUCGUCUCCCCCGUCCGCGUCUUUGUGCAGGGGAACAUUACUGUGUACUACUCCUCUUAUGCUGUGUUUCUGGUCACCUACUUGGUGCUGGCCUGCUGCCAGGGCCCCAGGAGACUCUUCCCCUGGAACCUCAUCCUGCUGAGCAUCUUUACGCUGGCCAUGGCCUUCAUGGCGGGAACCAUCGCCAGCACGUAUAGCAGCGGGGCUGUCCUGAUCACCAUGGUGAUCACUGCUAUAGUGGCCAUAAUUGUCACCGUCUUCUGCUUCCAGACCAAGGUGGAUUUCACAUCGUGUACCGGGCUGUUCUGUGUGCUGGGGAUCGUUGUCCUUCUGACAUCGAUAGUCACUGCCAUUGUCCUCUACUACAAAUAUAUUCAGUUGGUCCACAUGGUGUUUGCGGCCGUGGUUGCGAUCGCCUUCACCCUGUUCCUAGCCUACGACACCCAGCUGCUGGUAGGGAACAAGCAGUACGCGCUCAGCCCCGAGGAGUACAUCUUCGGCGCCCUGGAGAUCUACGUGGACAUCGUCUACAUCUUCUUGUUCCUGCUGCGGUUCCUGGGCUGGAAAUAGAGCCUCCAGCCAGGCUCCUGGCUGGCAUGGCCCGGGGCCGAGGAGCGCUCUGGGAACACCUUGCUUCCUUCCUGCUUCUGUUCCUUUCUCCCUCCUUGCCCCGGCGUGUGUCUCCCGGCCGAUGCCCUCUGGUUUCCCUCCUUCCCCGGGGAGCCCAGCGUGGGAUUCCCACAGUCUGCACCUAGAGGGGUCGUGGGCGAGACUGUGCCCUGGAGAAGCCCAAUAACGAGGCUUUGCCCAGCGAUGAAGCCAGUGCUGGCAGAUUUCUGCCUGCCCCGUUAAUGGUUCUGCUGCCCUCUGGGCUCGCACGUGGCCUCCGUCUUUCUUCGCUCCCCGCUGGGCUCCCAGGGAUGUGUCAAUGCACCGAGUUCAUCCCCGUAGCAGCCCUCGGUACUCGGUGCCGGGCGAGGCACCUGCCCCCAGACCCACAAACACGGCCCCUCUGCCAGCACUAGCUGCUAAGACAAGGGGGCACCUCAUAUUCCCCAGCAAUAGCUGAGAGCGGGCAUUUCUGGACAUCACGCUCCACAUGUUGAGCGGUGAGACAGAUCUUCCACCCUAAGGAGAAGUGAAUUCACUUCUCUUGUGGUAGAGCGCAGGCAGGUGGAGGCUUCCGUCUCUCACCUUAACGUAAGCCUGACCUGUCCCGCCCCGGGCCUGGCGAGCAGCGUUACUCCGAAAUAACUUGCUGGAUGGUUUGAGUUACCUGGAGCUGCCUGAGGUCAAGCUUGAGACAUGUCAGCCCCAGCUGCUGUUCGGACCCAGGUGAGAUGCCCCAGGGGAGGGGAAAGGUAGGCAGAGGGGCAGCGUCUUCAUCAAAUCCAAACCCACUCAAAGGAGAGUAGAAAGACGGGCUCGGGCCUUGCUCCGAUCCAGACCCCGGUGUGCAAGUUCCUUCUGGGCUGCAGAGCGCCCUCCAGUGGGGAGGAGCAGGGGGGGCUGCGAUUAUUGCAUGGAUCUGAUUUUUAAAGGGCGGGAGGGGAAAUUUUUUAUACGUGUCCUAGACAUCGCUGUUUGCUCAGCACGGUUUUUACCCUGUGUCUGAGAGUGGGUUUUUUACAGUGCAACAAAACUCUUCCGGGUUAACAAUACUGCUUUGGUCUCUCGUUUCUCACGUGCCUUAAACUAGCCUUAUGUUAAAUGGUUUUUUAAUCUCCUUAGCUUCAGCCUGUGGCGUGUACACAGGAGAGACCCAGGCUGGCUCUCGACGGGUUUCUGUUCUUUCUAAUUCAAUGUAUUUUAUCCUUGGUUAAGCAAAGGGCUUUUUACAGCACUGCUUUGUUGUAUAUUUGACCAGUCCGGAAAGCCAAAGGGCCUUGAAAUAACAUUGACGGGGGGGGGCGAA